AUGGCAAAUCGCCCACGACACGUCCUCAUUACAGGCGGCAGCCGAGGCAUCGGUCUCGCAAUCGCACAACUCUUCUCCAAAAACGCCUACCGCUGCACCUUGAUCUCACGCUCAGAAUCCAAUCUAAAAGCCGCCGUAGCAAGCCUAACACCUCUCCCAUCCCCCUCAUCCCAAGACACACCUCCACAUCCCGAAGCAGAAACGCCGGAACCAACAACAUACCAACACGGCUACAUCGCAGGCGAUAUAUCCCUAGGCUCAAACUUCUGGCACUUACACCCCUCGCGCCCUUUCAUCGCACGUCUACCCAAGCCAGAGCGCACGGCGUUUCCGACACAUCCUUCUCGCAUCGAUGUUGUGGUAAACUGUGCGGGUGUUACGCAAGCGAAGCUCUUCUCGGCAUUGCAUGAAGAGGAUCUGGAAGGCAUUGUUAGGAUCAACCUUACUUCUAUGAUGCUGGGGACCAAGUUUCUAUUACGAAAUGGGUAUCUGAGAGGUAGGAGUCAAGAUGAAGGUGAGGAUCCGGUCAUCAUCAAUGUCAGUUCGCUACUGGGCUUGCAAGGCGGUUAUGGAGCCGUUGCGUAUGCGGCGUCGAAAGCAGGUGUUUUGGGGUUUACUCGCGCUUUGGCUACGGAGUAUGCGAGUCACAAAGUGCGGGUUAAUGCCAUUGUACCCGGAUACGUGGAAACGGAUAUGACGAAAGAUCUGAAUAACGCUGAGCUUGAACAGCGCAUUCCACUGAAUCGUUUCGGCAAACCCUCCGAGAUCGCUCACGCAGCAUUGUUCCUCGCAGAAAACCGAUAUGCACAUAACUGUGUGUUGAAUUUGGAUGGCGGCUUAUCCGCCGUCUGA